AAAGCAAAUUAGGGGGAAAAAGAAAAUCACAGCGCCGUCGGAUUUCUUUCCAUUUUGUCUUCUGCCCUGGAAAGAUACUGAAUCAAACUCCAUCCCUAGCACGCGCAGUCCCCAGUCUAGAUCAGACGAUAUAAUCGAAGCCUGAGGCCUUUUCCCCUUGUUUCCUACGCUGUAUCGUCGCUCGCUCUUUGUUCUUUCUGCGGUUUUUGUCCCUUUUCGGUUUCUGCUGCUUUUUCCUGCAGACCCUGCUUUUCUUCUUCCUCUUCUUCUGAUUCGAAUCUUUGUAGAAAGUAGUCAGAGUUGGGUGAUGAUGAUGACGGUGGUGGUGGUGGUGGUGGUCAAUGGGUAAUUUUAACUUGGGUGUAUUAGAAGCUAAGCUCUUGACUUGAGAUUUGAUCUUGGGUUCUUUAGCCGCGUCAAUUUAGAUGACCUGGGUUAUUUUGCAAAAAAAACGAAUUGGGUCAAACUCCUUGUCGAUUCAACGAUUAGAGAAGAUCGAAGCUACGAUUUUGUGAAUUUGGUCUUGUCUCCACUGAAAUCUGGUGAGACUUUGGGGUCUUCCAGAAAUUGGUCUAGGUUUAACCAUUCCAUCGGCUUUUAGCGAGCCCAGGUACACGAUUGGGAUCUGGGUUUUGUAAUUUCUGUGAUAAACGGAAAUUAUAGUUCUUAUCAGCUUUCUGGGUGGAUUCGGUGACAUUAUUAUCCAAAUAGUGCAAAUUUCCCUUGGUGAAAUCCGUGUUGUCGACCUUUUUUACCAGAGAAGAUUGAAUAAAAGGUGGGGUCAAUCGGGUUCCAAGUUCAUAGCAGAAGGGCGGAUAUUUUCCAUCUGAAUUGUUUCUAAAUCUUCAAUUGAGGAUAGAAAAUGGAUCGUGUGGUUGGUGGCAAGUAUAAACUUGGAAGAAAGCUCGGCAGUGGAUCAUUUGGUGAACUUUUUCUCGGGUUGAAUGUGCAAACUGGAGAAGAAGUGGCUGUUAAGAUGGAACCCGUGAGUUCUAGGCAUCCCCAACUUCAGUAUGAAUCAAAGCUCUAUAUGCUUCUCCAAGGAGGAACUGGUAUUCCUCACCUUAAAUGGUUCGGAGUUGAGGGCGAUUACAGCUGCAUGGUGAUUGAUCUUCUCGGUCCGAGUUUGGAGGACUUAUUCAGCUACUGCAGUAGGAAGUUAUCUCUGAAAACAGUUCUAAUGCUCGCAGAUCAGAUGCUAAACAGGGUCGAGUAUAUGCACACCCGCGGGUUUCUUCAUCGUGAUAUUAAACCAGAUAACUUUUUGAUGGGUCUUGGACGCAAAGCAAACCAGGUAUACGUCAUUGAUUAUGGUCUAGCGAAAAAGUUUAGGGAUCUUCAAACACACCGGCAUAUUCCAUACAGGGAAAACAAGAAUCUUACAGGAACCGCUCGAUAUGCAAGUGUUAAUACUCAUCUUGGAAUCGAGCAAAGUAGGAGGGAUGAUCUGGAAUCCCUUGGAUAUGUGCUUAUGUAUUUUCUAAGAGGAAGCCUUCCUUGGCAAGGCCUUCGUGCCGGCACCAAAAAGCAGAAGUAUGACAAGAUUAGUGAAAAGAAAAGGCUAACGCCCGUAGAGGUCCUUUGUAAAUCAUACCCCCCUGAGUUCACAUCAUAUUUUCUGUAUGUCCGGUCAUUGCGGUUUGAAGACAAGCCUGAUUAUCCAUACCUGAAGAAGCUUUUCAGGGAUUUAUUCAUCCGAGAAGGCUAUCAAUUUGACUAUGUAUUCGAUUGGACAAUCUUGAAGCAUCCGCAGUUCAGUUCCAGUUCCAAACCAAGAUCAAGCCUGAGACCAGCUCUGAACCCUCCUGUUCCAUCCGCAAACAGAACAGAGAAACCUUCAGUUGGGCAGGACAACCGGGACAGGGACAGACUGUCAGGUACUCCAGAGGUUUAUGCUAGAAGAAACGGCUCUGGCAGUGGCGUUCAAGCCGAUCGUUAUAGACCAAGAACCUCGGAGAACAUAUUAGCAUCCAAAGACAUGCAAAACUACGAGAGACCCAUCUCGUCAUCAAGAAACGUGAGUUCUUCGAGAAAAGCAGUGGCUGUGUCGAGCACCAGAGCCACCUCCUCGGCCGACUUCAUAGAGAAUCGCUUGAGCAGGCUCGUCCCUGGCAACGGUCGCUCGUCCACUGCCUAUAGAACCCAGCUCGGUCCCGAUUCGUCCAAGCCCUCUUCCUCGUCCUUCACCAGGGCUGCUCCUGCAAGGACCGCGCGUGACAUCACGCUCCAGAGCCUUGAGCUCCUUAACAUUGGCAACGGCAGGAGGAAGUGACUCGGGUUUUAAUCAGAUCUAAGCGUCAUUUCAUGUUAAAGACAUUUAUGGAUUACACCUUUUCCGCGAAAAUAUUUGCUCUUAUUUAAAAAACAAAUUAUUCGAUUAAAGAUCUGUGUCUAUAUAUAUACACACACGUGGUUGUAAUGUGUUUUUACAAUGUCAUGUACAUGUGGUGCUUGGUCAUGUUCCAUGCAAAUGUCUUACUGCUUCGCACGUU